AUGAGACAACUCUUUCCUAUUCUAUCACUUCGGCUCUGUUAUAAAAAUAAAUAAAAAAUAUUGCUUAAAAUACACGAAAAUACUCCCAUCUCAGUGAAGAUUAAGCCAACCAACUGCGCAAUGGAUUCCAUUCUGGUUGAAGACGAGCAUACGAUUGAGGAACUGAUUAAGGAGAGGGACGCACUGCUGCAGCAGCUUCAACUAGAGGUGUCCAAGAACGAGACACUGUGUCAACAAGUUCUGGAACAAGAUAUGUCUAUGGAUGUCGUCGUUGGUUGCCACCUACAGGAGCAGGCGGCCAGGAACAAUAAUGUCAUCUCUGAGCUUAAACGGCAAAUAGAUUUUGCCAACGAAGCAAUGGACAAGAUUCGGCAGAGUAAUAACUGCUCCAUCUGCUUUUCACCUUGGGAGGCGGAGGGAUCCCACCGUAUCGUUUCUCUAAAGUGCGGCCAUCUCUUCGGGGACAGUUGUAUCCGCAUUUACUUGGGUCACAGAAGGGAUUGCCCUAUUUGCAAAAGCAUGGCGGAGCUUGAGGAUCUGCGAUACCUCUAUGGCAUCUCCGUCCUUCACGCAGUCGCAUCGGAAAAUCUCGCAACUGUGAGAGGGCAAGAAUAGUUCAAUUAUUACCUGUUCUUAUAAUUUGGUGUACUCCAUGUUUUUAGAGCACUUGGUCAUUAACAAUGUAAAGAAAUCUUCAAAGUAUUUGAAAAACGAACUUUUUGUUUAUAAGCAAUUUUAAGUUAGUUACUAUUUUAUAUGCGAAAGACCACGGCAGGUUGGGUUUGGUUCGGUGUGCCCCCUCCAGACACAGUGUGUUAUUUAUUUUGCCCAUCGAGUCAAUACAGCAUGGAAGUCCACAAUAUUCAAGGACCGUUUUUCACACAUGCACUCAAGACGCUGAAAUUGAUGAGUAAUUCUCACAGCCCGAGGCAUUUGUGUUGGAAAAUAAAUGGAAUAAUCAAUUUUCGGUUGUCGCCUCUGGCCAUCAGUGUGUCAAUGUUUUCACCAUUUCUUUACAUGCCGGCUGAUUUAAAUACAUAUAUAUUUGUAAGUUAUACCACUCUUGGACCACAAAGAGCAGGGAAAGCGGCUGGGAAAUUGUAUAAAAAUGUGCUUCCCAAACAAUUCAUCGCAACGAAGGACGGGAAUUGGAAUAGGCGACCCAAAACUAUAAUAAAUAAACUCUAGCAAUUCCUUGGAGCGUUCAUCAAAGCAAAAUUGAUAUCAAUCAUACCAACACAACCGCCCAAACAAUGGUAUCUGCGUCUGUGUGAUGGCAAAUUGAAACAUUGUAUAAAAUACUGGCCAGCCCGCAAACCACCCACUCGGCAAAUUGGCCUUAAAAAUAAAACACCAUCAACACGAGGCCGACGGAAAAAAAACUUAUCAAAUUUAAAGGAAUUGCCAAGUUAUUUUUAGCCGAAGCCCGAUCUCCCGCAAAGGAAGAAAAUAAGUGGUGGAUUUUCCUUUGCGGCUUCAACUUUAAAGCCAAAGGAACAAAACAAUGGCUGGAAAAUGAAAACAAAGACGCCGCGGCCAUGCGUGACAUUGCUGGAAAUGUAUGCGGCGGAAAAUGAAGUCAUUAC